CAAAUAUAGGAGGCCAGGGGGUGGAUGUUUUUGAAUCAAGUCAACUGGAAACCUCAGCCAACUCAAAGAAAGAGUCUGCUUUGCAAACAGAGAAUAAAAGCGACGAUGAAAACGAGACGUAGGAUUAAUAGCAUGAGACGGAUUUCAGCUGAAAUGGUUGAGAUCAGCAAAGGACAGAACCAGAUAAGAGAGAGACAGAAAGAAGUAAGAAAUUUUUUUAAAGAAAUAAGAAAGGAGACAGAGAAACUAAAAAGGGUUACUGAUCUAAUCUCCGAGCAGAGUGCUGCAAAUCAACUCAGGCUUGAUCUCAUGUUUCAAAUCGUGAAAGCAAGAGCGGACAAUGACUCUGCAAAAGAUGCUCAUCUUACCCAAACCUUGCGUGAACUGAUGGUCAAAACGAGUAUUGGAGAGAAAGCAAGCUUUUGAUCCAUGGGAAGGGAUCAAGCACGAACAAAGUAUAAUUAAAGUCUUUGUUGUGGAGUUAGAAAGUAAAUAAUAUUUGUUCUGCAACUUGGAAUUGCAAUAUUGCCUUAGGAAGAUGUAUUUAU